UUCAACAUAACUAGACCUGGUGUUCUGGCCUAACGUUGCUUUGUGCGUGCGGUAUUCUAAAAAACGCAUUAAAGAUACGUGUAUUUUCGGUAGUGCUCCGUGCAAAUUGCCUGUUUUAAAGUGUUUAUCAAUCCCGUGUUACCAACCAACUUGCCAAUACGAUGGAGGAAUCAUACAAUCCCGAUAAAUUGUCCGAUGCAUCUCCCGUUGGAUCGAUCAGUUCAGCCGAAAUUGCGAACGAAUUCUCAGGACUUUCCGCGGAAGAGCAAACGGCCCAGCGUGAAGAAUGGAGUCAGGAGCUGGCACGCGUCGAGGAAGAGAUCACAACCCUCCGGACGGUAUUACAGUCGAAAAUGCGCCACGCCAGCGAGCUGAAGCGCAAGCUCGGGAUCACCGUGUGGAAGGAAAUCACCGACGAUGUCAGCCAAGGGCUGAAAAACGUUAAAGAAAGCAACGUUUAUCAAAGUGUCGAAACGAAGGUCGGAGAAAUCACUAACGUUGUAACAAGCGCACCAAUCUAUCAGAAAACGGAAAGCGCCAUUAAGACGACCGCCGGAAAAACGACGUCCGUUAUUGGCGGCAUCGCCGGCAAGAUGACCCAGAAGCUGACGGAAAUGAAACAAUCCGACUCGUACCGAUCGUUCGAGGAGCGGGUCGGGACGGCAUACGAAAACGUUCGGUCCAAAGUAUCCUCGCGCUCUAGCUCGGUGCAGAGCUUGUCCGACAUGCAGAACGAUGAGCGCCGCAGUUCCGUGACCACGCCGACCGCCAUCCCAGAGGAAAAGCCCCUUUCUUAAGUUCCGUGAGCCUCUAGUUAGUUAGGCUGUCGAUCAUCCGAUCCUUACUUGACCAUCGUCCAACAGAAAGAGAGCUUGGAUGAAUUGUGUGGCGUGUUAGGAACAAAAUGGCUAUUCUCUAACAUCUCUUUUCGUAUAUCUGCAACAUGUUGUAAUCUAUCAUAUGUGCUAAUUUAUAUUCCGUUAUUCCUCCCGGACAAGGGAUGCAGUCAGUCGUGUCGGUACAACAAAAAGAGGGUACAUUAUGUCGAUGUCUGGGUGUGAGUGUGUGUUAAACACUGCUAAAUCGCAAAGCUAAAUGCCGGCUUCGCCGCCGACUCCUACGCAAAUCUCGUGCAAAUGAUAACGAAUCGCGAUCGCGGUAAAAGAUCACAUCAUCCAGAAGGAAGGCUUAAAGUAAUGAAGAGAAUAUGAAUCACACCUUGUCGUUAACAUAAAGCUAACAAUAAACGAUAGCGAACUCGCGUCUUCUAAGCAAGAACCUCUUUCGGUGUCCUACGUUUAAUUUUCUCUUAAAGUUGCAUAGAUGUCCCUAAUGGUGCUAUCCUUAUUUUUGACGUAGAGAAAACAAUUGCAGGAUUCGCAUUGCAAAAUAUGCCUCAAUUUUCGUUUCGUUUUAGACGUGUACAGCGCACGAUUGUUGCUAGUGGCCGAGUGGUGUAUUCUUAUGCUAUACAACAGGAAAAGGUAGUGAACAAAACAAUGAAGUUAUUUAGCUAGAAUUAAUACGCUAGUGAUUGAUAUUACGCCCUCGCCCUCCGGGGGGCGUACAGAUGUAUGUUUUCUACGACAAAAAAGCUCCCUCCCGGAACUGUAUGUUGCUCCUUGAAGGCGGAUAAACAAUUGCUAUACCGUACAGUCGAACUAAAUGUGCCUAAAUUCAUAGUAAACACGGUCCAUGCUGAUUUUUGCUGAUAGCAUUACUACCCGGGCAUAGUUCCUCGCGAAGUUCAAAAGUAUAAAACAUACAAUAGUAGCACACAAACUUCACUCUCGUAGUAGUAGUACUUCGGUUAUCAAAGCUUACCGCUGGAAGACGUAUUCUUUCGGAAGACACCCCCUCCCAUUCAUAGAGAAUAGCAUAGCUGAGACACGGUCGAGAAACAGUCAGCAAAGAUAAUUAUUUAUAGUUCUAUCGUUCGUACUUAUCGAACCUUCCUAGACAGAGUAAGAAAUGUGGAAAACGAAUUAUAUACAAAUUUAAUGAAAUAUUCGUGACACCAUGCUACCCGGGAUAAGUGUAGAAUUUUGGAUGUAACCCCUUUGGGAUAAACCAACCUUUCAUAAAACAAAAAAUCCUCUACAUUCGAUGCGUGUAAAUCGCGCGUUAAGAAGACGGUUUUUCCCAACCUAGUGUAUGCAUCAGGAUUAAUAUUUAGUCAGUGAGAGGACAUCGUACGAAAGAAGGACUAGUAACACAAUAAUGAAAUAAUACAAUGAUGCAAAUUUUGUUUCGUUAAUAAUAACUGCUCGUGACUAAGGAAGAAUAAAGAAUCUUGCAAUUUUGGUGUGUCUAUUUUCACAUUGAUGAAAGUUGGUCUGUUUCAUUGCAUGAACAAAAAAGUUAGCUCGGACUGCAUGCCAUGAUCAGUUGGAAUAUUGUGAAAUAAAAGUUACAAUUCUUUCUUUUUGUUGGACUAACA